UAUUUUUUUAAAACUCAAUAUUGGUUCUUUAUAAAAGAUUUCUGAAAGAUAAUAAGAGCCUUUUCAAUUAUCUAAUCGUUUCUAAAGCUGUGAGUAAACUAAAGGCUCACCAACUUUUAAGCCCGCCACUGUGCCAAAGGACACGAGACACUCAGGACAUGUGCACUUUCACUGCCGCGCCACCCACACGCUCUCGGUUUCACUUUGGCCGCAGAAGAAUGUGCUUUUGUGCCGUUCGCCUUUGCCAUCCUGGACCCACCUCCACAACCACUCUUCUGGAAUUUGGCAGGCGACUUUGCCUGUCCUUAUCGAUUUUCAGCGAAUCUCGCAGGCUCGGCUCGGCUGUUUCUGUUUCUGUUUCCACGGCGCACGUCAGUGGCAUGCGAAUCGGAAAGCCAAGUUUCACUUGUCGCGCUGAGUUCGUUCGUGUCGCAGCAGCAGCAGCAGCAGUAGCAGUCGCAGCAGCAGCAGCGACUGUGCCGUUAUUCCGUUCGUUACAUAAAGAAGAGAUUUCAAAUAGCAAGUUUAAGUGCGCUGCUCGGUGACGAAUGGCAUAAAUCAUUCAGAAAAAGCAGCAUUGUGAUAAACAUUUAAACAGCCUAUAAACGGAAAGAGCCAGCGCGACCCAAAAAAGAAAAAAAAAAGAAGAAAGGAAAAACCUAAUCGAAAUCGAGUGAAAAGAAAAGAAAAGUAAUGAAAUGAAAUGAAUUUCGAGAAGAAGUGACUGUGUAUCUGGUAUAUAUGAAAAAUAUGAAAUAUUAAAUGUGCCGUAACACGGGCGUUGAAAAAAGUACCAGGUAGUCGUGGGCUCGGGAAAAAAAGAAGAGGAGUUCAAAGAGGACGCGGAGGAGGAGGUGGAGGCAAGGUGGCGAAAGACGAAAGGCGAACGAAAAUGUAAUAGAGGUCAAAAGAAGCAUUGAUUUAACGUGUGCACUUCCUCCCACUUUCAUCUCCACUCCUCUGGCUUCCUCUUCGUCAGCUCCUCCUUGUUAUCCUCCCACCACCACUACCACUACACCACCUCCAGUGUGUCCUGUGUGCCUUGUGCCGUUUUUCGUACCACGACUGUGAACUGUGUGUGUGCGUGACUCUCUCGCAAUAUUUGCGUGUGCGUGCCUGCUAUGUCUAUGUGUGUUAUAAAUAAUUUGUUUAAAAUUCGUCAAAUCGCUUGACGUUUCAUUCAAUAAAUUUCAUCCACUAAGACACACGCACACACACACGCCCGUGAAUCGUGUAUGUAUGUGCGAAAAAUGUUGAUGACGAACCACUUACGUCUAUCGCAACCCACGAAACCAACGAAACCACCACAAACACAGCCGCAGCAGCUGAAAAAAAUCGCAUGUAACACACCAAUACAGUCACAUACCACACAUACACAAACACACACCACCAUACACACACAUAGUCCUAGGACACACGUACUGUUCAAUAUCCAAUAAGAAACCAAGCAUAAUUACAUAAUCAAAUAGAACGACUGGCAAAAAAAUAAAAACUAGAAAAUAAAAAGACAAAAAGGCAAAACAAGAAUAAAUAAAACAAAGCGGAAAUCAGCGCAAACAAGGACAAGAAAGCAAACGAAAACUCGGGAAAUCAACGCAAAGUGCAGAAUUAUUUAAUCAACGCCAGCUAGUCACCAAGUCAGCAGGAAAGAAAAAAAAAACCCUGGAAACGCCUAUAAAUAAAGGACACGCGAUAACCAAAAAUAGAAUGUAAUGAUAAAACCAAAACCAAAGUACCUGCAACAAUGAAAUUGAGCAAAUCUUAAAAGCAUAACCCAAAAAACCAAAAGAACAAAAGCAAAACCCAAAAUUAGAAUUACUUUUAAUAAAUAUACAAAGGACACUCGCUAUAUACAAAAGUGCUAUAGAUAAACGAUAAACGCUAACCACGUACAUAAAACCAAAAUAGAAAACCGUAGUUCGUUGCAGUUUGUUCACCGCUGGAAGUUACUGAUAUACAGCCCAAGGAUAUGAUAUAAAGCGUAAUCCCCGUUGAGAUAGAGUAAUGGAACUAACCUCGUAGUUUGUAGAGAGACGAGCGUCUCUGCCCGUAGGACAGCAAACAGCAAAAAGAAAAACGAAAAAUUUAAAAUAACCGCAACAUAAACGCACUUAACGACUAACUAAAACUACCAAGUAGUUGCCUCUCUAUAUACAACAUAUAUAUAUAUAUAUAUAUAUACACCUACGAGAUAUAUACAAGAUACUUAGCCGUAGCGAAUAGAAAAACGAUAAACGCCAGUCUGUAUAUCUUACCUAUAUGGAUUUAUUUUUAUAAUGCCGCUAAAGCAAAACUCGAUCCCCGCCCUCGACCUAGGCCUUUCAAAUUGCAUCUGAAUAAGUAACGAGGGCGCCGAUUAAUGCAUUAAUUGGGUGGCGAAGGACGUCGCCACACGGAGUCCCAAGGAGGGACUGACUGUCGCCGGGUCCGGAUCCCUUGCGUGUUGCUCGUGCCAGAUACACAACACACACCCAAACACACACAACCUUAGACCCGUUGGUUGAGAAGGGACGAAAUUAAGCUACCUGCUUUUGGGUUUCCCGUGUUGCGCUGCCUUGACGUAACUCCGCCUUAACUCGCGUCGCUUCCAUUUGCCACACAAAAAGUGAAAAGAAAAACAAAAAAUAAUAUAAAAGGCGACCGCAAAAGCCAAAACUGCGGUGCGUUCGUUAAACUUUCAUGACCAAACAUUAACUUAAGCAGGGAGGACGAGAAGAGCAGGAAAAGCAGUGAGUGGAGCGGCUAGAGGGUUGGAAAGCGGAGAGAUAGCAUACAUUUUGGAGCAAGAAAACUGAGCUGUCAUCAUCACAACUUCACCAUCCCAAACCUGAUCCCCAACUCCAACAGCUAGUUUGUUAUUUGUGAUAAAUAAUUCAACGAUCCACAUCUCGGAUCCCGAUCCUGCCCACCCCACUACAGCUCCAGUUACCGUUGACGUUAACCGUUACUGUUAACGUUACAGUUAUAGCUCCAGUUCCAGGCCCCACCAUCACAUCUGUACACCACCAACCGAAUAGCAACAAUAACUAUACCCUAGUGGAUAAACGACAUUUAUAAUCCAAAGUACAAAACGAAUAGCCCCGAAAUAACGCUCUUAACUAAAGUAAAACAAAAGCUAAACUAUAAAUAGUAACAUAUGGUAUUAUUAUACACGCAAUUCAAAACAGAUAAAGUCAUAAAGUCACAUAACCUCAAAAACAAACAAGGCGCAUAACGAAACGAAGCGAAACGUAACGUAACGAAUUGAAACGAAAAGUGAAGAACCAUAAGCAAUACAAGCAGUGCUGUUGACUAUUUUAGAGGCCACCUUUUAGAUACCUUCACCCAACCAACCUACGUUACUCAACCAAACACCUAAGAACCCACCAAAAUCGAAUUGAAAACCUAACCUAAAACCUAAAAAACACGGAUAAAGACGAACAGCCCCAUGUGCGAGUGAGACAGUCAUAAACAUAUAAAGACAGACAGAGAGAGAAAGAGAGUAACACAACGAAGAGCAAUUUAUUUUUGUUUACGUGUCCGUGUGCUGGACUUGUAUUAGUUAAUGCCAAAAAUCGAAACGGAAGUUGCACCCACACCUGUACACACGACAACUACUACUACUGCUAGACUCAUAUACACACGUACUCAGCUGCCAUGACAAGGCCAAGAAUUGCAGUGGGCAUUGCGAGGCCUUUCCGGCGGCAAUAGCAAUAGCAACAACACCCUCAAAAAAAAACAAGAAACAACAAAAAUAAAAACAACAAAAAACGUCCUGCAAAAUUACCAAAACAACAACGUUAGCGAAGGUGGCGCGAGUGGUUCGAUGUGGUUCGAAUUCGAGUUCGAGUGUAGGUGGUGACGUGACAGCGGCGGCGUCGUGGGUCCAAGAAAAUGCACGUUAAACACACUCAGCGACGAGUCAGCGGUCCUGGAGCCUUCGGAACCUUUACCAACGAUCAACGUGCCAGUCGCGACAACUUGUGCCCGGACAGCAACCAACAACAACAACAGCAGCAGCAGCACCAUCAGCAGCGGCACUCGCACUCGCACCAGCACUUGGUGCGCCAGUCUCUGGUGAGUCUCAGCAACGGCCAGCCGGCGGCAUCGGCGGCGGCGGACAGCGUCUCGCUGUUGCGAGCGGGCGAUGAUCAGCAGCAACAUCUCCAGCAGCAACAUCUGCAACAGCAGCCACACCUGCAACAGCAACGACAGCGUAGCAGUAGCAGCCGACUAUCCACGAGCGGCAUCUCCAAGCAGAACUCCGGGGACAGCAGGAGCGGACUGCGAAUUCUUGAUAGCAGCCACAGUCCGGUGAGCUGCGGUACCCAAAGUGUGAGCAGCACUGGUGGCCAGUCGGCGCUUUACGAUGCCUGUCACGAGUACUCGCGUAGCUUGAGUGCAGCGGCAGCAGAAGGAGCCGGUUCGCUGCUUAAGAGCCACUACAGUGACCAGCAGUUAGCUCAGCCGGAGCCAGAUCCAGAACCGGAUCCGGAAAGGGAUCGUGACAGGGACAGAGAUAGGGAUAGAGAACGGGAACGUCGCCACCUGACCAACCUCAAUCUCAAUCUAAACAGCGAGUACGACUACAGCGGGAGUGAUAAACAGCAACUGGUCAACGAGACGUACAUCUUCAAGUGCAUAGCCAAUAGUCCCUCUUUCCUGCGCACCAACAAGAUCAAGGAACAGUCCAAGAAGCUGCGAAAUCUCUCCCUGAAGACGCGAACCGCCAAGAAGAAGGGUCAGAUCAUCUCGAAAUCGAACGCGGUGUCGGAUAACUCACUGCAUCCUGGUGAUAAGUACUUGAACUUAUAUCUGGUGGAGAAGAAGCACUCGCUGCAGCCGCAGGUGGCCUCCACCUCUAGUUCCACCCCGCAUCCGCAGGCCUCCUCGGCGCCAGCCAGUUCAACAUCCACCUGCACAAAGUCCCAGCAGUUGCCUGCCUUGUCAGCGGUUGCAGCCCGACAGCAACAGUUGCUGCUGAACGGAUCGCUGAAGGGAAAGGGGCAGAGUAGGCAAACACUGCCCGGACAUCGGGCAUCGGUGAGGAGCGAGAGUGGAAGCGGUAGCAGCCACACCAUUCCGGCGACGGGCAAGAGUCCGCCGGUGCCGCACUCGCUGGCGGCCAAGAUCAGCAGCUCGGCAAGCGGCAGCAAGAACUGCAAUUUGCUUAGCGCCAGCAGCAACUCAUGCCACAAGCUGAAUGCCCACACCCAAGGAUCGGGAGCAGGAUCGGGAUCAGGUACUGGACACAGUCACUACGCGGCAGUCUCGCCCAAGAGUUCGGUCAGCAGCAACGGUCACCUGAACAAGUACUGCCUCACGGACCUCACCCGCCGCAAGGCCGAGUUCAAUCGCCAGCUGAGCGCGCCCACGGACUACACGCAUCACUCCUCAAGCAACGGAUCACAGCAGGAGGGCUCGUCGGAGGCCAACGAGGGUCACGAGCCGGUCGGAGAGUCCACUAUCACCGUAGCCAGUGCCGGGGUAUCGUAUCCACAUCCGUACUCCUAUCCGUAUCACUACUCGCAUCACGCCUCCUCGGCCACAGCGCCCGCCAAUCUCAAGGCGUCGCUGCAGCUGCACAGCUUUGGGGGCCACCAUCCGUGUCCUUAUCCGACAAGGCCCACGUCCACGUCGUGCACCAACAGUUUCAACCGGCGUCACAUCCGUCGGCAUAGGGGCAAGCUCGGCGAUCGACUGCUCAGCGGGGAUAGUGAGGAAUCGGUACGCUGCUCCUACUGCUCGGUGCUGAAUGUGAACGAGAACGACCUACGCAUUUCGUUCGAAAACACCUGCACCGACUCCCUGGUCACCGCUUUCGAUGAUGAGGCCCUGCUAAUAUGCGACCAAGGAACCGAAAUGGCAAGAACAAAGGUACACUUUGAUGACGUGUCGUUGUACGGCACUCCGAAAGAGGAGCCCAUGCCCAACAUACCGAUCGUGUCGGAAAAAGUCUCUGCGAAUUUCCUAAAAAGUCAAUUGCAAUCAUGGUUCCAGCCGACGGACAACCGACUGGCCAUGAAACUGUUUGGCAGCCGAAAGGCGCUGGUCAAGGAGCGCAUACGUCAGAAAACUUCCGGGCAUUGGGUCAUACACCCUUGCAGUUCAUUCAGGUUUUACUGGGACCUUUGCAUGCUUUUAUUAUUAGUAGCAAAUCUUAUUAUCCUGCCAGUCGCAAUAUCAUUCUUCAACGAUGAUCUGAGCACACGAUGGAUUGCCUUCAACUGCCUAAGUGAUACUAUUUUUUUAAUAGAUAUUGUAGUCAAUUUUAGAACAGGAAUUAUGCAACAAGACAACGCUGAACAAGUAAUAUUGGAUCCAAAGCUUAUAGCUAAACACUAUUUAAGAACUUGGUUUUUUCUCGAUUUGAUUUCGUCGAUACCGCUAGAUUAUAUAUUUUUAAUUUUCAAUCAAAUUAUGAAAUUGCAGGAUUUCUCUGAUUCUUUUCAAAUAUUGCAUGCCGGACGAGCCCUGCGCAUCCUGCGUUUGGCCAAGCUGUUAUCCUUGGUGCGACUGCUACGGCUUUCCCGUCUCGUGCGCUAUGUUUCCCAAUGGGAGGAGGUCUAUAUUCUGCAGAAUCUACAGAAAAAAAGUGCUGAUCGCAGAGGGAGAAUGAACAGAAAAGACAAAGAUGGCUUGACAAAAAGCAACCUAAUUCUCAAGUUCCUCAAUAUGGCCUCGGUCUUCAUGAGGAUCUUCAAUUUAAUUUGCAUGAUGCUACUGAUCGGCCAUUGGAGCGGUUGUUUGCAGUUCUUAGUGCCAAUGUUGCAGGGUUUUCCAUCCAACUCCUGGGUCUCCAUCAACGAGUUGCAGGAAUCGUACUGGCUGGAGCAGUAUUCGUGGGCAUUGUUUAAGGCUAUGUCGCACAUGCUCUGCAUAGGCUACGGCAGAUUCCCACCACAAUCACUGACAGACAUGUGGCUAACGAUGCUUUCGAUGAUAUCCGGGGCCACCUGUUACGCAUUGUUCCUCGGUCAUGCGACCAAUCUCAUCCAGAGCUUGGACUCCAGCCGGCGCCAGUAUCGCGAGAAGGUCAAACAGGUGGAGGAGUAUAUGGCCUAUCGCAAGCUGCCCCGCGACAUGCGGCAGCGCAUUACGGAAUACUUCGAGCAUCGGUACCAGGGUAAAUUCUUCGAUGAAGAGUUGAUACUUGGCGAGUUGAGCGAGAAAUUGCGCGAGGAUGUCAUCAACUACAACUGCAGAUCCCUCGUGGCGUCAGUGCCUUUUUUUGCUAAUGCCGAUUCGAAUUUCGUUUCCGACGUAGUUACCAAACUGAAAUACGAAGUUUUCCAACCAGGUGAUAUUAUCAUAAAGGAGGGUACGAUCGGUACUAAGAUGUACUUCAUACAAGAGGGCGUGGUGGACAUUGUCAUGGCCAACGGCGAGGUUGCCACCUCACUAUCGGAUGGCUCUUACUUCGGUGAGAUCUGUCUGCUGACCAAUGCGCGUCGUGUGGCCAGCGUGCGAGCCGAAACCUAUUGCAAUCUAUUCUCGUUGAGCGUGGAUCAUUUCAAUUGCGUUCUGGAUCAGUAUCCGCUGAUGCGCAAGACCAUGGAGACUGUGGCCGCCGAGCGGUUGAACAAGAUUGGCAAGAAUCCAAACAUAAUGCAUCAGAAGGACGAGCAGCUGAGCAAUCCGGAGUCGAACACGAUUACGGCUGUGGUGAAUGCCCUGGCUGCCGAGGCGGAUGACUGCAAAGAUGAUGACAUGGAUCUCAAGGAGAAUUUACUGCAUGGGUCAGAGUCGAGCAUUGCUGAGCCGGUGCAGACGAUACGUGAGGGUCUACCGAGGCCGCGGAGCGGAGAGUUCCGCGCCCUGUUCGAGGGCAACACCCCAUGACACUGAGGAGCAAUGACGAGCGGUGCCGGCGGGCAUCGGGCAACCAUCUGAACCAGCUGUUCGCUGAACACUCACUCACCUAAGCCCACACCCAUGCCCCACACACACACACAGGACUCCCACACUCACACACAAACACAAACACACACACACACACUGCGUAUAUAAUAAUUUAGUAAAAGGAAAACCCCAAGACGCGAUAAGAGUACACUAAAAAAAGAAUCAAUUUAUGGUAGACACUCUAUAUAUGCAAUUGCGAUUUAGUAGAAAACGUAUUAAAAACAAAAAAUCCAAAAAAAUGAUAAAACAAUUACACAAAAAAUGUCCUCAAUAAUUAUUCAUAAUUUCAGCUCCGCUAACUGUGAUGACUUUAAUAUAAGAAUCGAAAAAAAUUAACAAAAAAAAGAGAAAACGAGUACAUACAGAGAUAAAUUAUACGAUAGAGAGAACUCAGCAGCCAGCAGACAGAUCAGAAAAUCACAACCCACAGCCAUAGAAGAUUUGCCACCCCACCACACAGACACAAUCUCCACACACCACAAACACACACACACACAAAAGAUACUGACAUAUAAAGUAAAUCUACAUAUAAGUUUUAUGCCCACGAUAUUGUAACGAUAACGAAGUGAAUAGACUUUUGAAUUGCUACAUAGGCGUUAGUCCUAUGGACCUACUACAAGAACACACAGCAACCACACACAAGCAAGCACACCUGAAGUAGUUGGCCAGGUGAACAGGUCAAAGGGUGAUCACAGGUAUCAGGCAUCAGGCGACAGGUGACAGUCAGACAGACAUGCAUCAACUUAUGAUAUAAACGAAGCGAAGCGUUACAGCAUACCAAAACAUAUUUAUGCGCGUAGCUAUUAUGUACUCGAGCAACCAACAAACAAACAAACAACCAAACAAUUAUGUAUUAUUGCGAUUAUAUAGCAUAUUUAAAUACGCAUUGCAAAAAAAGGGAAAAACAUAACUCAGCAAUAUACAAAACAAGAAAAGAACCCAAGAAACAAAACAAAAAGAAAAGUAUUUAAGCAAAUUUAACGAAUGCGCAUUAGUAGUUGAACUAUUAGUUUUUCACUCACUAACAAACAAAACACCACUCGACACACAACGUAGUAGAGAAGCCUCAACAAAAAACUAAAAAACAAAAGAAAAAAAUAUAUUAAAAACCAACCUCAGGGUGCCGUCGUUUCAGCGGUCACCAAAAAAAAAAAAAAAAAAAAAAAAAAGAUGAAAAGAAAGAAAUAAUAAGAACAGACAAGAAAACCAACUAUAUACACAACAUAUAUAUACAAAACAUAGACAAUGUUGUCUUUUAUAGGGAAUUGUUAAAGCGCCUCAGUUACAUUUCAAGUAUUUAUUGCGGGCCUGCCGCCAAGCAAGAUCAUGAUUUUCCAUUAACAUUCAGAAUUUCCGUUCGAGAUACCAUAUUUAGUUGCGAGCGAGAUCUCUUUUGCAAGUGGUUCGUCUUUGAGUCCUUGUUUGUUUUACUUUCGGGCAUAAAUCAGGCGAAGGACAGCGACUUGUGGAAGGAUUUAUGUAACUUAGUAUUUUAUUACACGUAAACUAAUAAAAAGAAAGCAGAAGGACAGCGUUUGCCUUAAAAUAAUA